GCAGCUUGGCAGACGUCUGGAACCAGUGACUGACUCGGUGACUGCGGCGACCGCAAUUUAGGUAACAUGGGAGAUGUGGAAUUUAUCUUGAACGGAUUUUAAAAACCAUCGGGAAAAUGGCCGAGAGGGGGCGCCAUUGUGCCAAUUGCCAUAAUUCCUCAGUUAUGGAUUCAGGCUUGGUUGGAGUGGGUGGAGAUAAUUGAGCCACGCACACGAGAGCGUAUGUAUGCCAACUUGCUGACAGGUGAAUGUGUGUGGGACCCACCGCAGGGAGUUCGGAUCAAGCGGACUGGUGAGAACCAGUGGUGGGAACUGUUUGAUCCCAACACUUCGCGCUUCUACUACUACAAUGCCUCUACCCAGCGUACAGUAUGGCAUCGGCCUCAGGGCUGUGACAUCAUACCCUUGGCCAAGUUACAGACUCUGAAGCAGCACACAGAUGCCACCAACCCUCGUCCUGCAAGUGGAGGGGGGCGAGCGUCUGCUGACAACAGCCCGGGACGGAACAGUGGGGUCAGUCGAGAGGGAAGUAUCUCCUCCUCCCUUGACCAGGAGCUGUCUGAAAAACAAGGCAACAGAGAAGAGACAGACAGGGCUUCUCCCUUCAGGUGGAAUACUGGUACAAAGGAGCGAAUGCUGAUCAAGGUGACUGACAGAGAGCCCAGCUUCUUGGCUCAUCAGGGAAAUGGUUACUCUCCCUGUGACCCUUCCACCCCUAGCACUCCUUCUGGGGGUGGCACCACGUCACGGGCCCGUUGUUCCUCUGGAGGAAUCCCUCCUUCAGAACCUGACAGCUCCCCAGUUAUCUAUGCUGAUCGCCGUCAGUCUCCCUUCCUGAAACGAGCAGAGCUGGGUGGCUCUGGCACCCAUCGACGUGCUUCAGCUGAUUCUCAGCCUCCUUCACCCCGCUACGCUUAUGAGCCCCCACUGUACGAGGAGCCGCCAUCAGAUUAUCAGCCUCCACCCAUCUAUGAAGAGCCUCCCACUGACAUGCACCUCUCUGACUCUUCUUCCUUCUAUGGCACUGGCAAGUCACCUGCUCGCAAGUCUUCAGUCCCCCUUUACCACUCCCCCAAGCAGGGCCAGUCGCCCUAUGGCCAGCUGGUUCUGACCAGGCAGAAGUGUCCAGAAAAGACCCAGAGUUUGGAGUACACUCCUGUGGGGAAGGAGUAUGUUAAGCAGCUGGUGUAUGUGGAGCAGUCAUCUUCCAGUCCUCGCUUCAAGACUGCAGACCGUCUGCUGCGUUACAGCACAACUGGGGGCUAUGGUAGUUCAUAUGGUGGGUCCUACACUCUUCAGCACAGCCAGUCUCUGAUCAGAGACCCCCGCCUCCUGCUGGACUACAGUGGGGAGAGUGGAGAAGGAGGCCAGAGGUUAAUUUAUGAGGACUCCAUAUCCUGGACAUCUAGCCAGACCCAUUCCCUCUCUUCUUCCUCUACAGCCAGCCCAGGAGCUUUCUCUCCCUGUGGCAACCGCAAACGCAAGAGCCGCAAGCCAUCCCUCCCUCAAGAAUUGGCUCGCUGUGGGGAGGUGGAGCUGGCUGGCACAGCAUCCGAGGCCAUGUUGGCUCAGGCCAGACUGGCAUGGGAGGCUCAGCAGGUCAUGAAACAGAGGAGCAGUUGGGACUCUGGGCAGGGAGGUGGUGUGUCCCAAGGUGGCAGCUCCAAAGAUGGAUACGAGAGUGAUGGAGCAGUGCCUUUGCCAUUACCGGGACCAGUGGUGAGGGCGUUCAGUGAGGAUGAGGCGCUAGCACAGAGUGAUGGCCACCAUUGGAAACGCAGUACCUUCGAUCGACUAGGCUUCCCUCAAGCCCUCCUGGAGAAAAGCCUCUCUGUUCAGACCAACCUGGCCUCCCCUGAACCUUACCUUCACCCCUCACAGUCGGAGGACCUCGGAGCCUGUGCCCAAUUUGAAGCCAGUCGAAAUGCAAGGAAUAUGAUGCCUAGCGCCAGCUGUGGCAUUUUCCCAGAGUUCACCCUGAGAAAGCCCUCCUCAGAGACUGACAUCGAGAACUGGGCAUCUAAGCACUUCAACAAACACACACAGGGUCUUUUUAGAAGGAAGGUCUCUAUUGCCAACAUGCUGGCCUGGAGUAGUGAGCCCAUCAAGAAGCCCAUGAUUGUGACCUCAGACCGCACCGUGAAGAAGGAAGCAGUGGAGAUCUUUAAACUCAUCCAGACCUACAUGGGAGACCGUCGCUCCAAAGCUGACCCCCUUUCUGUGGCGCUGGAGGUGGUGGUGCGUGGGUGGAGUAACCAGGGUCUGCGCGAUGAGCUCUACAUCCAGCUGUGUCGUCAAACAACAGAGAACUUCCGUUACGACAGCCUAGAGCGAGGCUGGGAACUGAUGGCUGUCUGUCUGGCCUUCUUCCCCCCAACACCUCGUUUCCACACCUACCUGGAGGGCUAUAUUUAUCGACACAUGGACCCCCUGAAUGACACCAAGGGGGUGCCCAUUAGCAGUUAUGCUAAAUACUGCUACAGGAAACUGACAAAAGCUGCCCUCACCGGAGCCAAGAAGGGCUUGCAGAAACCCUGCAUAGAGGAGAUCAAGCAUGCCAGGAAUGCCAUCUUCAAUCCCUCCAUGUUUGGCUCUUCCCUUGAGGAGGUAAUGGCACUCCAGAAGGAGCGGUAUCCAGAUCGCCAAUUGCCCUGGGUGCAGACUCGCCUCUCUGAAGAAGUUCUGGGUCUCAAUGGAGACCAGACAGAGGGCAUUUUUAGGGUACCAGGGGACAUAGAUGAAGUCAAUGCCCUCAAGCUGCAAGUGGAUCAAUGGAAAAUCCCCACAGGACUGGAGGACCCACACAUUCCUGCCUCUCUGCUGAAACUCUGGUACAGGGAACUGGAAGAACCACUCAUCCCUCAUGAGUUUUAUGAUGAGUGUAUCACUCACUACGACAACCCAGAGGCAGCUGUCAGUGUGGUGCUGGGCCUGCCACACAUCAACAAACUGGUGCUCUGCUACCUCAUCCGAUUCCUACAGGUAUUUGCCCAGCCUGCCAAUGUGGCCAUCACCAAGAUGGAUGUGAACAACCUAGCCAUGGUUAUGGCUCCCAAUUGUCUGCGAUGCCAGUCUGAUGACCCCAGGGUGAUCUUUGAGAAUACCCGCAAGGAGAUGUCCUUCAUCCGGGUGCUCAUCCAGCGGCUAGACACCAGUUUCAUGGAUGGAAUCCUAUAGCCCCCAGCUGCACACAUUUACUCUCCAUACUUUACCCCCUGCUUCCUCUGCGCUCCCUUUAACCUGCUCUUUCACACUACCUUGCACAGUCGCCCAGCACAGGAAUAUCAGACACACAUUGCUGCUGAAUGUUGUAUCUCCAACAUGUUUACUUUCUUAAAAGUAACAGAAACGGCCUUGAUUUGAGUUACUCCACUCAGUAUUUUCAGUUGAACCAGCUAUUUUUGUUUCUCCAGAUGUAACUGACAUUUGUAGUUGAUAUUAGCGAUGAGGUUUUCACAUGACAAUACUGUGUGUGCCUUCACAUACAUUUCUACAUUAUAGACAGAGUAUAGGAAUAGGAUUCAUUUUAUUUUGGUUUUAUUUUAAAGCCAGUUGUACUCUUUGUUGUACAUUCCAUAAUGUUUCUCUUUAUUUUCUCCUACUUCAACAUACACUUUCAUAACAGUGUCCACUUUCUGCCUUCUCUCAACAGUUAUAGAGCAGUAUAGAUCACCUGUAUCAAGAUCAGGCCAAGUUGUGGCAGUUGAAAACAUUUUGAAGGUUGUUUGCUGAUGUUCUUUUCAGCCUGUCUGUAGGGCAGAAAGCUAUUUUGGAUCCUGCCUCAAGAUGGCACACUUGUGCUAUAAGAAAAACAAUCAUACACACUUUAAACAUGUAUGACAGGUCCUUCUGGCUAACUGGACGUUUGGUGAAGAGAACAUGAACACUAGAUCACAGAGCUCAUGUUAUGUUUUCGAUAUGACAGAGUAGGGUGCUCUACUCUGACUGCUACAAUUGUUAGUACAUUCUAUACAUAUGAGGUAGAUAUACUACGUCAUGAAAAAAAAUCGGCUGUUUACGUGGCUCACUGUUUAGCAAGUUAUUUCACACAUGCAGAUCCCAAAAAGUCUGGAAUUCCCUCAAAAGAGAUGUUUUACACCUGAAUUACUGUCUGCAAACUCAGACGACAGUGUACUGUGAACUUGCAGGCCACAAUGGGUAAGAUGUGUGGGUAAAUCUCUGUGUAUUAAGGUGAAACAGUACAGACAAAUACGGAGAACAUUUUCAUCGCCACAAUCAAUUAUUUUUUUCUUCUGCAAAACUGUCUCAUUCACCAUGUUUUUAGGAAUGAAAUAGUCUGUAAACGGCUCUGAAUAAUACAUACAAAGCCUUCUAUCUGUAAAAAAAUUUAAGAAUAAAAACUUAAGAAUAAAACACUUUGGUAUAUGGGAGUGCUAUUGGA